AUGUCUCUCCAGACCCCCCGUGUGCUCCCCGCCCACCUGCACGCCUUCCACCCCUCCAGCGCCACGGGCCCCCGCGCAACACACACCGUCCGUCUGCUGGGCACCGUGACGGCUCUGCGCGGCGACACAGCGACCAUCACCUGCGGGAAUAACGGGGACGUCACGCUUCUCCUGAAGCCGGACUCGCAUCUACAGAUGGGCAAGCUGAUUGAGGUGGUGGGGAAGGUGGUUGAUCUUGAGGGGGGGCAGGGCCUCGGGGUUCGAGUUUUAGGGACGAUGGACUGGGGGAAUCCAGCGGAUUGUGAUUACAAAGCCUAUGAAUACGUCGUCGAGGCGACACACCGCGUGAAAGGGAUAUUCUACGAUUCAAAUGAAUAG